AUGGGUUGGCUGCCCUGGCCGCAGAGCCGCCUCGACGUCGUGCGCCGCCUGCUCGCCGAGGUGCCGCUCGUCGACGGGCACAACGACCUGGCGUGGAACGUGCGCCUCUACUGCCGCGGCCGGCUGUCGGCUGUCAACCUGACGGAGGACCUGCGCCGCGUCGAGCCGUGGGCCAGCAGCGCCUGGUCGCACACCGACCUGCCCCGGCUGCGGCGCGGGCUCGUCGGCGCACAGUUCUGGUCGGCGUACGUGCCGUGCGGCGCGCAGCACCUGGACGCGGUGCAGCUGGCGCUCGAGCAGGUGGACCUGGUGCGCCGCAUGACAGCGCUCUACCCGGGCCACCUCACCUUCGUCACCUCUGCCGACGGGUUGGUGGCGGCGCACCGCGAGGGCCUGGUGGCUUCGCUGGUGGGUGUGGAGGGCGGCCACGCGCUGGGCAACUCUCUGGCCGUGCUGCGCAUGCUCUACGCGCUCGGCGUCCGCUACCUCACGCUGACGCACCUCUGCAGCACCGCGUGGUGA